AUAACCUUUACUUACCUAAACUUAACCCAAACCUUAACCACUGACCCAAAAAUCAUCAUUUUAUCAAUUUGGGACACGGCAUUUGUCGAACAUGGCCCUAAUUAACUAGUCUUAAGUCUGCUGUGUGUCCCUGAAAGUGACUUAGGUCAAACUCUGAUUAUCAAAGUAUCGAACAUCAGUACUUUUCGAGCACCAACCAAAAUGUGUCCAUCAUUUGGGUCGGAUAGCAUUUUAUCAAAUUUGAAUCUAGUAUCAAAUCCAUUAUUGAAUCUUAUUAUUUACCUUACCUACUAAAUGCUAAAACAAUGACAACUCAAAGAUGUCUAAUCACUGUUUUUUAGCUGAGAAGCUGAAAUUCGACAGUUUUUAGUGGCAGCUUAGUUUAUGUUCACGACUUGAAAAUGAGCUGAGCAGCGUGAUAUAUGAAACAUUGAUUAAAUGUAUCUAACAGUUAACAGCUGCAGUCUCCUGUUCUUCAGGAGCUGUGACUCCAAAUCCCAAAACUCCUGAUUCAUGAAGCCGAUCAGAUUCAAAUGUUGAUCUGAUAUGAAUCGAUGUUUAACUUGGAGAUUCUUAAAGUAACCUGAUCAGCUGAGUCUCCACUCUGUGAAACUAUAAAAACACACAGUUCACCGGCGGUCGUACAGUGGUGUUACAGAGUGAUGCGUCUUUUCAGUCACACACAAUCUUUGUGUGAAUACAGACAGCAGCUGCAGAGACAUUAACCAGAGAACAGAAUAACUUUUGAUUUCAGCCGUGACAGAAUUAAUUAGCUACAGCUGAUCUAAUCUGAAAAUGAGAAGCUGCUACCUACAAUAUACGGUGUGUUGUUUUCUUAUCGCUCUCCUCUAAUAAAAAGGAGUGAGGACAGAUAAAAGGUUAGAAAAGAGAUGUGUGAGUGUUGAAGUUUAAUGAAUUUGGGUAUUUCACCAACCAGGGGCCAGAUCCAAACUGGAACCAGAUAUCUUCACUCAUCCCUUAGUUUACUUAUUUUUUAAUGAGAUAUGUAUUUAAAUCACAAUUAUGUUCAUUUAGACUGUAUUUUGUUUAGGUAAAGUUCUUGCACAGCUGAUUUGCGUUAAUGCAAAAUCAAACUGAUUUGUUUGAGAAGUUUAGUUUAUUUUGUGAAACAGAAAAAGGGUUUUUAUUCUUCAAAGUAAGGAAUUGAAAAAUGGUUUGGUAUUAAAACAAAAAUCAGCACCAAUCAUUGGGCACCAGUAUAUUAAACUUUCAAACGAUACUCAGCCCUAAUCAGCCUGAUCUUUUACAGUGUAAUAUGUUUGCAGAAUUGAGGUUUUUGUUUAGUGAAACGCCAUUUUUAAAAUACUUUACUAAUGUUAAGUGCAGCUAUUAAAAUCUUUAAAGGCAAUCAUUUUCAUAUCAAAAUAUUUCAAAUAUUGAGUGAUUUAUUUAUAUUAUGGUACUGUGCUUGUUGAGGGACCUCCAUUAUUCUUCUAAUGAACUGCAUUUGUUUGUUUUUGUAAUUUUCCAUUCUCUCUCUGGUUUUUUCUCCUUCAUUAGGUUUGAAACUUUAAAAAUGUGUUUCCCAUCUCCUCACUUUCAUCACAAGUUUCCCUCCACUCAUCUUUCUUUCUUCCUCCCACUUCUUCCCUUCUCUUGUCCCACUUUCUCUAACAUUGGACAUUAGACAGACAACCUACGACAUGUCUUGGCAUGAGAGAGUUUGCGUAGGCGUUUUUGGUAAUUUAUCCUCGUGAGAAUUAGUUACAGACUUGCAGAAUGUGGACCUGGUUGUGAAGUGGCGUUACGUUGGUUUGUCCUCUCUACUGCAAGGAGCUAGUUUCAGUGUUCAUGUUGGAAUUAAUGUACAUUAUUAGAAAUGGUUAAAUUCUUACAAAAGUCUAUUUUCUGACACAUUCACAAUCUGUGUGGGGUUAGAUAUUCUGUUUUUAAAAAUGGAUUUAAAACUUUUGAUCUUAUCAUGAGCAUGAAAUUCCAUCUGUUAGACCAUAGUAUUGGUCCUGUAUUAACAGUCCAUAUGUUAGGACUAAAAUCAAAGUUAGUAAAGGAUUUGGGGUUAGGGUUAAUUGGGGUUAGGGGUUUAUGUUAGAGAUGAGAAAGAAAGUUAUAUUAAUAUUUCCUGUUUGUUCAAAAAAAGAGUUCAAAAGUUUUACAAUAUUAUUAAAUAUUAUAAUUCCUGAAUCUAUGUGAAACAAAUCCCUUGUUCUUUGGUCCAGUAUUUUUUUCUUGAAAGUAGUUUUCGGGGAUAUCCUUCUACAACAAACUGGACCAAAAAAAACUAACCCUUCUAAGAUUCUUGGAGGUAAUGACAAAAACAUGUGUACAUACAUACCACAGGGCACACUGGUGUAAAAAGUUAAACAUAAAAAUGACAUUUUAGGUGUCUCUGAUUUGAUGGGAAGGGAUGAUAGUUCUUAAGUGUUCUGGCCAAAAAAGGAAUAGUUACCUUUUGUUUGAGGUCUUGUACAAGAGAUUUUUAGAAGGCAAGUAAGAUCUUUAUGGAUCUGUGCAUGAAGAUUUAUAAGUGAUCAAGAGAAUCCUCACAUUAAAUCUAUAUUCACUUGCAGCAAGUGGGAGGAAUCAGUAAUUAGUGUUAUAUGGUACCUUAGACUACAGUUUGGACUGUGGACAAUGCAUUCUGCACAGGUCGUUGCCAAAAUGUAGAAGAACAUGUAAGACAUAAAUAAUGGGCUCCAAAUGUUUGGCUGACCCUCUGGUCACUAGAGAGAUGCUCCUGAAAAUAUAUGGUUGAGAGUGCAGGAGAUGAGAGAAAGUGGGCAUAAGAAAACAAGUCAAACAGAGACAUAAACAGAAAAAAGAGCCUUUGUGCUCUCCUACAUCUGUGGACUCAUUACUCAGACCCGAGGCAUUGAUGAUGACCACAGACUCUGGCCGCCAGUCAGACAGUGAUAAGCCCCUGGCCCCUUUCUGUGGCUUUCAUGCUGUGUGUUUGAAUUGACCGUGUGCCCUAAACAUAAACACUUCCCAGACAUUAUCAUUAUCCCCCUGCUGCUGCUGCUGCUGGUAGACCUGAUAGCCUGCAGGGUUACUGACAGACACGCAGGCAGAUUACUGACUGUAUGUGUGUGUUUGCGCACAGCCUUCUAUUAGCAGGAAUUGCUGUGCACCUUAUCCAGGUGUUUUCACUCGAGUGUUUUAUGAUGGGGCAGGACUGGAAUGUCCCACUGCAACACACGUCCGUUAUCGCCAUUAUUAUCACUUUACAAAUUCACACAGGGCAGGAAUUUACUGGAGUUUUGCUCUAAUCGCUCAUCACAGAACAGAUUUGUGCCGUCAUGUGGCGCUCGAAGGGAAAAACAUGGAACCAACGAUGGCAGGGUUUGCAGAUUGUGUUUAGAAUAUAAAAGGUAAUUAUGUAUUCCUCGUGUUUUACUGGCCACAUCAGGUUGAUUUUUUUUUUCAUGCAUGAUAACACUGACUUUGGAAAGCCCCGCUGGUAAUACCCUAAAGGAAUCAAGUGACAUGAGGUUGAUUUUCAUCGAAUUCUGUGCUACAUUUCUUUCCUUUGGCCCCAGCCUCCCUUUAAAUUACACAAUGAAACACCUGUUUAACACUUGCCCUCAAGAAUGACACAUAUAAGCAUUUUCUGAUCGGAAGCAAAAAACGUUCUUCUGUUUAAAAAAUAAAACCAUAUUUUCUCUUCUGACACCUCUAUGGUUACGGUUUAGGUUUAGGCACAAAAGCUACUUGCUAGGGUCAGAGAAAAAUCAUAAUUUGGGUUGAAAUAACUUUUUGUGAAAGUCUGCAUAACACUAUCCAUGUUUCUAAAAUCCACUCCAACCAACCCCAACCAUGAGAUUAAACCUUAAGACAGCAGAAAUUUGACUUGUGUGGUUAGGACUUGCAUUACAUGGAAAUAUAUUAAUUAACAUGCUGUUGAAACAACGUAUAUAUAACUUGGUCUAAAAGUGUCACUGAGUUUCAUCAAAGUUUGACCUUGAUUUCUGUAGAUCUUUUGACUAAUUACCAAAUCAGUGCUGCUCUCUAAAGUCAGUCAGAGAUCAGAAUCAGCUACAACAGAGUCCCUUAUGUGAACUUGGGUCGGCGUCUUACUAAACGACACUUAAGAUUAAGAUUAACUCAGGUUUUCCGGUUUAUGCCGUCAUGCUGGCUCAGUGCUUUAACACUCAUCAUGUCACCACAAAUAACCUCUUCUGCAUUUCUUUCUCCUUCCUCACCCUCCACCUCUCUCCUUCACAGUUUGAUCCAGUUCCAGCAGAGUCCAGCUGUGCGCAACCAGUCUGCUAGAUCAGUAUCAUCAGGACGAAGAUGAGACAGUUCAGAGCACUCAGUGCCUUCACUCUGCUGACCCUGGCCGUCCUCGCCACCGCCAGACCAAAAGCAGGUCCUGAGCAGAAAUGUAAGUCUGGUCCAGUGGAUCUGGUCUUCCUCAUCGACAGCUCCCGCAGCGUCAGGCCACAUGAGUUUGAGACCAUGAGGAAGUUUAUGAUCGACAUCCUCGACACUCUGGAUAUCGGACUCAACGCCACCAGAGUCGGAGUGGUUCAGUACUCCAGUCAGGUCCGCAGUGAGUUCUCUCUGAAGACCCACAGCAAGCUGGACACCAUGGUGAAAGGAAUCAAUCAGAUCAUCCCCCUCGCUCAGGGUACCAUGACCGGGCUUGCCAUCAAAUAUGUGAUGAAUUCAGCCUUCACUGCCGAGGAGGGAGACAGGCCAAAGGUCCCAAACGUGGCUGUGAUCGUGACAGACGGACGUCCUCAGGACCGCGUGGCAGAGGUGGCAGCUGAGGCCAGAGAGAAGGGCAUCGAGAUCUACGCCGUGGGAGUCGCCAGAGCCGAUAUGACAUCACUGAGGGCCAUGGCGUCCCCACCCUUCGAAGACCACGUCUUCCUGGUGGAGUCGUUCGAUCUCAUUCACCAGUUUGGACUGCAGUUCCAGGACAAGCUCUGCGGUGUGGAUCUGUGUCUGGAGUCGGAUCACGGCUGUGAGCACAUCUGUGAGAGUUCCCCGGGUUCCUACCACUGCCUGUGCCUGCCUGGAUACACUCUGAACGAUGACGGGAAAACGUGCUCAGCCAUAGAUCUGUGCGCUCAGGGGAAACACGACUGUGAACAAAUCUGUAUCAGCUCACCUGGUUCCUUCACCUGCGACUGCAACAAAGGAUACAAACUGAACGACGACAAGAAGACCUGCUCAAUGAUCGACUACUGUUCGUUUGGGAACCACAGUUGUGAUCAUGAGUGUGUGAGUGUGCUCAACGGCUAUCACUGCCGCUGUAACGAGGGCUACAGGCUGCUGGAAGAUGGCAAGACCUGCCAGGCCAUUGACCUGUGCGCCGAGGGGAAACAUGACUGUGAACAAAUCUGCGUCAGCGCGCCGGGCGUCUUCACCUGCGACUGCAACGAAGGAUACACACUCAAUGAAGACAAGAAGACCUGCACACCCAUUGACCUGUGCGCCGAAGGAAAACACGACUGUGAACAAAUCUGUAUCAGCGCUCCUGGUGUCUACACCUGCGACUGCAACAAAGGAUUCAAACUCAACAAGGACAAGAAGACCUGCACAAACAUGGACCUGUGUAACACAGUGGAGCACGGCUGUGAGCACCAGUGUGUCAGUACUCCAGGAUCUUACUACUGUAUCUGUCCUGAGGGACAACUGCUGCAGGAAGACGGCAAGAGCUGCGGCACCUGCAAGUCUGCCAACAUUGAUCUGGUGCUUCUGAUCGACGGCUCCAAGAGUGUCCGUCCUCAAAAUUUUGAGCUUGUCAAAAAGUUUGUCAACCAGGUUGUGGACUCUCUGGAUGUGUCCGCUCACGGUACCAGAGUUGGUCUGGUCCAGUACUCCAGCCGGGUCAGGACAGAGUUCCCUCUCAACAUGUACCACACCGCAGAUGAGAUCAAGGCUGCAGUCAUGAAGGUUGACUACAUGGAGAAAGGUACUAUGACAGGUUUGGCCCUAAAACACAUGCUGGAGAACAGCUUCUCAGAGGCAGAGGGCGCUCGUCCUGCCAGCCGCAACAUUCCCAGAAUCGGCCUGGUCUUCACAGACGGACGCUCCCAGGAUGACAUCACAGAGUUCGCCAAGAAGGCCAAAGAAGCCGGUAUUACCAUGUACGCUGUGGGUGUUGGUAAAGCUGUGGAGGAUGAGCUUCGUGAGAUUGCAUCAGAGCCUGUUGAGAAACAUUUCUAUUACACCACUGACUUCACCGCCAUCAGCACCAUCGCUGAGAACCUCAAACUCAAUGUCUGCCCAGAGGAGAGUCAGGGGGAGAUUGAGGUGAAGGAUCCAUGUGCCUGCGAGAGCCUGGUGGAGUUCCAGCAGGCCACCAUGAGCAGCCUGGAGCAGCUCACACAGAAACUGUCUGGAAUGACAGCUCGUCUGGAGCAGCUGGAGAACCAGCUUCUCUCCAGGAAGUAAUCCAGGUCGUUACAGUGAGUGAACAGGACGUCACAUGGGAAGAAUAACAGAAUAAGGAAGAGGAGGGCACAUCCUGGCAAGAUCUUUAAAAAAGGCGAAAUCAGAAACCCUACCAGUCAAUGGACAAACCAAAGUGUCUUUUCAUAAAGCCUUUGUAGCCUUCAGUAGGUCUGUUGCUCUUCACUCUCAUAGAGAAUUAUCUGACAGCUUGUGAUAUAGAAUUAUACUUCUGUUAUAGUUGUAAAUUACAUCAUUAGUACACUUUUUGUCUUAAAAACAACAACACCACAUCCACUCUCCCUCCUAUCAGUGUGCCAAACUGAUGUUAACAGGAUGAAUAACAAUACAGAUGCUUUUGUAAAACCGAACUUCAUGGACAGUAUUUGUGCAUACCUACAGUAUGUGUACAUGUGUUCAUUCAUGAACAGAAUUAAGGAUACAUUCAAGAGAUUGUGUAACAUUUGUUAUUGACCUCCAUGUACAGUAACAUAUGUUAUAGCACUUCAUCUGUGCAGUCAAACGCACAAAGAGGAUUGUAGGCAUGUUGGCUAUAUUUGUAAACUAGAUGUAAUCAAUGUACUGUAGAUAGUAGAUAAAAGCACAAAACAUUAUUCAGUGAAAAUAUGAGUAGCAGUUUUCAUCACACAUAGUUACACAUCAUUCGUCUGUUUCUCUUAGUGCCCUAUUUAUACUUGAUCUGUUUUGUACGGUUUGUUAAAUAUGAUGUAUUUAUAGUAGUUUUUUUUACCAACAGUAGAAUAGCAAAUAAACAAGCUGGAGAGGGAAGAACAGGAGUAAGAAAAAUGAAGUGUUAUUACCACUCCCAAUAUUAAAUUGGUUUGGGUCAUUUUUGGUACAGAAUCAUUACUUUAAUGCCCAUAGAAAUGAGCUUUGAUCACAGGCUGAAGUGGCUUUUCAAUGGUGAGUUGAAACUGGUUUAGAUUUUUUUUUUUUUUUUUUUUAAAAAGGGAAGUUAGGAAGUUUAAAGUAUCACUAUUUACUGAAGCUGUGGUCUGUUGUUGGUAGAGAAAAUGUGAUGACAUUAUAGGAAUCAGUAGACAGUAUUUUACUAUGAAUAAAAAUGAUUUUCGUAAAUACAAUUUGUUCUUUCACUCUGCACUUUCUACAUUUUGUCUUUCAGUGAACUUAAUAUGUACACUUUGCAUUUUUUGGCAGUUAUUCAUGACAAUCCCAGCUUAACACUUAACACGUGAUUGUCAACAAGCGUUAAGAAGAGGAAAAAUAACCUGACCUUUUAAUAUUCAAUUUAAAUAAUGAAAUCUCUCUGUCUGUCAGUUAUAUAAUCAUCCCUGAGAAGCUUUACAGGAUUAACAGUCCAGUACUUUUACAGUAUGUAAAUUAAUAUGACCAGCUCAACUACAGUGUGGUAGAUUGUCUCACUCUUGUAGUUUUGUAUAAAAAAAAAAAGACCACCGGAAAUUUAUACCCCUUUAUAUUUGGAUACCUGUAUGUUUUUGUAUAUUUUCUAAUAGCUUUACCUUUUUGUAUUUUUCUGAUGAAUCCCUGUAUUACAGCACAGAAGGCAAUAAAAGAGUGAACUUUUCACUUCUGAGUGAUGUGUUGUUUUUGGGAAGUGUUUUACAUCUUGGGUUUCAUUUCUAUUUCAGAAUUCCAUAUUUUUAAGGCCUUGUGUCAUUUUGUAGACAUGAAAAUGGUUGAUUAGUUCAUAAAAGGAAGCAGUUGAGUUUCUCCCUCACUGACCUUCAGUUGGAUACUCUGUUAAAAAAAAAAAAACUCAUUUUUUCUCUCAAAUUAAUAAUUUGUGCUCUCAGUUUAAUAAUUCUUGGUUUGUUUUUGUUGUUGUUGUUGUUGUUGUUUUACAGCUAAGAAGUGCAUUAUCCCAUAGAAUGGUGGUUCUCAAACAGGGGUCCUUGAGGUGCUUCCAGGGGAUCCCCAGAAAAAUGGGGAAUAUUUUAAUUUCACUAUUAUUUCAAUGACUAGAAGUUAGCCCAAUGAGAGAAUGUAUAAGAAUAACUAUUCUGUUCAUAGGUUUUGUUCUUCACUGUUAAUCUGCCAGUCGACAGUACAGACAGUUAUGGAAUACAGUAACUAAAUCUUAUCAGAUGGGGAUCCCUAAGACUACAUCUUAUCAGAUAUGGGUCCAUGGCCUGAUGUGUAUCAAUUGGGGGGUCCUUGACACCAAAAAGUUUGAGAACCACUGUCGCAGAAUACAUUAAAGGGAUUUCAGCGAUGACAGUGUUGUGCUUACAAGCUAAAACCUGAAGUAUAUCUACAUAUCUCAGUCCAAGAUCAAAAUAGCCUAAAACCUAAUUAAAUCCUAAUGAUCGAUAGUGAGGAUGUACACAGGAUGAGAGAAUGGCAUAAGGGUGAAUUCGGUUAUAUUGAAAGCAUAAAUCAUUAAAUCAAGAGCACAAAUCAGUUAUUUUCUUUUCCAUGAACCCUCCCAGGCUCUUGCACAUUUUCACUAUUUUUGAAGAUUUUUUAAAACUUUUUUUUUAUAUUUUGACAAUGGAAUUGAAAGGAGGAGAGAGAUGAGGAAUGGUGUGCAACAAAAGGUCCCCGGUCAGACUCGUAUAGUGGAUGUUGUUGUUCAUAGUCGACGUCUGAAUGUGUCAGCCACAGAGGGCCCAUUUUCACUAUUUUGUACUGAUGCAGCGAUUCAAUCCACUGGGUCAGUAUCAGGCCGCUAUUGACCUUAUUGAAUGGAUUUCAGUAAUGGCCAGACGUGACUGAUCCACAAUUAAUAGUUUUGUCAUCAAGGUCAUUAUAAAAUUUUGUGGUUUUGAAAAACUUGUAUCGGAACAGGAAUCUGUAACAACAUAAACCCUCAAAUGUCAAAUUUGGUAACAGGAGAGAAAAAGUCAGACCACUGCACAUCCUUGUGGACACUACAAUAGUGUGAUAGAUCUAUUGAUGAUUGAUCCCAUAUCAAAAAGAGAGAUUCAGUUUUCCAAAAGAAUCUGUUGCUACAGGAAAGGAAGAAGUUGAGACAGAAACUCGUGACUUGGCGGUCCUGUCUGUCCCUGUGAGUCACUGAUACACAGUCACAGGAGAGUCAUGAAUAUAUCAUCAAUGAAGUCCCUACAAAGUGCAGUCAUAGUAAUAUAAUAUUGGGUUUAAAUGGUUUAAAACAAUUUCCUACUUAAAAAGACCUAAAAUAAAAACUCAGUUUGGUGUCUUUUUACUGGAGAAGUAGUCAUUUCAACAUGAGGAAACAGUUUUAGUAUGAUAGUCGAUACUGGGUUUAGACGGUGGAGGGCGCUGAUUAAAAACAGUGAGCUGAGUUUAUACUAUUUGUGGGGUAUUUGCAUAAUGAAGUCUUACAGUAGGGUCUCAUCUUACACUGUAUUCCAUCAACACUAUAUACAUCUAUAUACUAUAUUCAAUUCAGUUCAAUUUUAUUUAUAUAGCACCAAAUCACAACAAAAGUCAUCUCAGGGC